AUGGCUUCUUCUAUAGAUGUCAAUAAGGGGGAGAUUAAAAAGAGUGCAAAGUAUAAGUGGCAACUUGGUCAUUGUUUAGGGAAGGGAACAUGCAGUGUGGUUGUUGAAGCUGUAGGCACAUUCUACUCCAGAAGCAUAUGCAGACAUUCUCCUCCACGAGUUCUGAAAGGAGCUGUCAAGAUUUUCAAACAAGGACAUCAAUUUGAGCAAGCUGCAACUAAUGAAAUAGAAAUUCUAGAGUAUUUGAAUCGUCAACAGGAAUCUCCCUAUAAACACUAUAUAGUGCCCUUGCAGGAUUACUUCUUAUGUAAAGACCAACUGCAUUUGGUUUAUGGGAAGCUGGAUUGCAAUCUUCAUCAUAUCUUAUUAAAGAACUCAGGGAAAGGUCUUCCUUUGUCUAUCAUUAAGCGAUGCUCUUGGGAUAUUGUGAGAGCUCUGAGUUUUUUGGCCACCAACAGGGUUGUUCAUGGGGACCUCAAGAUGUCCAACAUAAUGUGGAAUUCAAAUAGAGGCAUGUUUCAACUUGUGGAUUUUGGCCUCAGUUUUUUGGAGGAAAAACAACCUCAUCAGCCACUUCAGAGUCCUGGUUACCAAUCCCCAGAAGCACAAGCAUGGAACAGAUUAGUUGCUGAAGGUAUCACUCACAGAAAGAGCUCAAGAUGCUCUUUUGCCAGUGACAUGUGGAGUUUUUCUUAUGUACUGUGGUACAUGUACACAGGAAUGCCAGCACCCAGAUGUCUAACAGAUGAGCCAACAUGUGUCAUGUGUUUGCAGGAAGAGGUAAUGAAUAUUUUCUCAAUGGCCAGUUCCUUCUAUGAGACACUCUUGCAGGGAAUCAGGGUAGUUGUGUUCACCAAAACAAUAUACAGUCGAAGAUUUUGA